UACAGCUAGAGUUGCUUGGCAGAUAAAUCUCUCUUUCCCUAAGCAGAACAGAACAAUCCCAAGCAAAGGCUGAGAGGGGGGCCGUGGGAGGCUCAGGCAGCCAGGAGCCCCUGGAAAGGGGCCAGAAGCUGGACUGGAGAUGCAGCCGAGAGGAAAAGGAAAGAGCUGAAAUUUGAGAACAAGGCAUCAAACCUGCCAACUGAUCGGAGUCAGUUUCCUGCUGAAGAAUAGGAAAGUUCGCGAGUCCUUUGCAACAAACCGUGGUUUGGUGGCUCGGCCUGGAUAAGGUGACCCAGGGGCCUUCAAGCAUGCUGGGCCAAAGAGGAUCCUUGAUCUAGACCAUGGCUUGUUCCCGGUGGCCUCCAGCCUUCCUCGAAAAGGGCGUUUGAGACCUUCACUGUCUGGAUUCGGGGUCUUCAGCCUACACCUUCACAAGAACCAUGGAGGUGGUGGAUGUCCCGGUGGGAAACCUCAUUGACUUCGACUCUGAACCGUCCACCACGGACACCUCUGAAUCAGUCCCCACUGGCCCCUCAACCACCAACGGCCACGUGGUGCUGGAUCGCCGGGAUGUGAGCCCAGCCACCGAGGAGAGUGAUGCCACCGAGUCCGCCGACAGUGAGAACGACCCAACAGACUCGCCCACCCAUCCCAGCUGGAACAACCAGCGGCGCUCUUCCUCCGAGUCCUACUCCUCAACCCAGAGCACGGAGUCUGCUCGGGGGGAAGCCACGGCCGAACACCGGGAGUUCAUGAGCCAGUACGUGGCGAAGAUCUUCACCGGUGGAGAGGAGUUUGACCAAGAGGAGCAAGCCAGAUUUGGGGAGCUGUGCAGUGGUGAGAACACAAAAGGCAGGGAGUGGUUCGCCAGAUACGUCAGCGUCCAGCGCUGCAAUUCCAAGUGUGUCUCCGAGCAGACUUUCUACCGCCUGGUGCAGUCCUUUGCCCUUGUGCUCUUUGAAUGCUACCAGAUGGAUGACUUCAGCCCUGCUAAAAACCUGAUGACUAUGUGCUUUACGUACUACUACAUUGGCAAGCCCCAAAUUCUCCCCCCGGAGUGCAAAGAGAAGGCCGCGGGAAGCAUCGACUCCUACCUGAAGUCCGCCAACAGCUGGCUGGCCGAGAAGAAGGACAUCGCGGAACGGCUGCUGAAAAACACCUCGGCCAAGACGGAGAACAUGAAGGGGUUUUUCGGCAGCUUUGAAAGCAAGCUGAGGGGUCCCAACGGGGCCAAGAAGAGCGAGGAUGGUGAAGAGAAGCCCAGGGACAGAAUGCAGAAAUCAGUUUCCCUGUACAGUCCUGAGGAAGAAGAAGAAAGAAACGGGGAGAAGAUCUACCUGUACAUGCACCUCAAGCAGCAGCCCAUCUGGCAGACCCUGAGGUUCUGGAACGCGGCUUUCUUUGACGCCGUCCACUGCGAGAGGCGGAAGCGGUCUCCCACCACCAGAGGGGACACUGGGGAGGAAGAGGAGAAGAGGGAGAAGUGGUGCCACAUGACUCAAGAAGAACGGAACGACAGCCUCCGCUUUAACGAGAAUAUCACCUUUGGACAGUUGGGAACUUUCACUCAUAACAUGCUGGCUUUUGGACUGAACAAGAAACUUUGCAACGAUUUCUUGAAGAAGCAGGCAGUGAUUGGCAACCUGGAUGAAGAGCAGUACAAGCUGCUGAGUGACCACAUUGACCAAAUGGCUGCCGAAUAGCUCCACCACCUGCUUUGCUAGGACCAGGAUGGAGAGGAGAGGCCGGUGGAGGCAAAAGGCUGUGAAACUCAUCUCUGGGACCAUCUUGAGACUUCAGAUGGGCUUUUAAAUCCCCCUCCCCCAGACUCUGCAAUACUCCUGCAUGAUUGCUAUUAAACUGUGCCGUGCUGUGCUCAGCAGCCCGUAGACGUAGAGCUUGUCCAUCCAAAGACGCCCAUCCUCUUCUGCAGCCUGAAGGACACCCAACUGCUUCCACAGACUCCUGUUCCGAGCCUUUGGGCGUGAAAGCUUUGGCCCAGUCUGGGGAGAUUCCUCCGUACAAGGCAGGGAGAGUCAUUGGGGACCAGGACGACAGGGCCUUUUGAGGAGGACUGGAAAAGCCCUCCACGCUUUAUUGCAGAAUAUUUUAAGCAGCUAGAAUAUUUUUUUCAACAGCUGUGAAAUUUAAAAUAGGAUGUCUGUACAAGUUGUGAUGGAAUGGAGAGGCAGAUAAAAUCUUUUAAUUUUUCUGCAGAGUUGGUAAACCUGAAGAAAGGUAUUUGUAGACUCAGAAGGCCUGGUACAAAUCAUCCUGAUGGGGAGAGAAAGUUAUUUUAAGAUAGGCAGGAUCUGAGCUGUGUAAUUUUGGGCCCUAGGAAGCUGUGCAAGCCAACCAGGCCCAGAUUCCUGGUUCCCUGGAGUAGUUCUGGGACCUCCUGUGUGGUUUCAAUGCAGUAUGUUCUGAUGAACCUGAUCUAGAACUCUGGAGGAGUAAACGAGAACAAAUCCAACAGUGUGGCUGAUGCGGUUGGUCAACUGGUUGACCAAGAGUGAUUGAUCCCAUCUCUCUGGUUUGUCAACUUCAUGGAGCCUUUGUCUGAUUGGUCCACAUGAAGUAGGUGGAGGGUUGUCUGUGAGCUACUGUCCUAUUUCCACCAUUCAUGAACUUGAAAGCUUACAUGGCAGCAACAAGCCAUCUUGGGGGCAACAAAAUCUUCUUCAACUUCCUAUUUAGAGACAUUUCCUCUGUGCUGCUUCUCACACCUUUGAUGGCCCACCUCUGGUUUCGUGUCUAGUGUGUGUGUGUAUGUUUUUAAGGAGAGGUUGAUGUUGGGUGUGUAGGGGAGGAUACACACUUGCUCCAACAUAGACAGUGGAGACUUUUCUCCAUACACUUUGUGUGGCUGGAUGGAUGCUGGUUUCUCAUUCUUUGGGAAAAGACAUAGCUGCUAGUGAGCUGUUGGUUGAUUUACAGAAUCCACAAGAAAAUCCAUCUCUCCCUCUCCCUUUCCCCCUCUCUCUCCCUCUCCUGUGUGUGUGUGUGGAUGUUAUUCAGGAAUGACAGUGAGCCUUUAUCUUAAAUCUUGCAAUGACCUGCAAAUGUUGAGCUCCUGUAGUUCCUUUGGCCACCAGAAGAGGGAGCCAAGAGAAUAGGUUUUGUCAUGCUUCCUCCUGUGUUCCUCCUUGCUAGAGGUUGGUUGCCUAUGUUGAAUCUGCCCUAGAGCCUAAGUUGGGAGUGGUUGUGACUUCUACUGAUAGAAUUUUUGAAUGCUCCCCUUAUGCAACCCUCCAUUUGUUAACCAGAUCCUUUUCUGGUGGUUUCCAAAACAAGCAGCUUGCUGCAUUUGGCAGCGCGUUCUUUGCCAGUAGUAGCUUCUGUUUAUAGUUUUGCUUCAAUCCUGGCUGAAAAUCGAAGGGUUUGGAGCUAGGAGAGGCAUCUGCAGGAGGCUCAGCACAUCAGCAUUCCACAAGGCUGUCUUUGGCUGUUCCUAAUCCUGCAGAAAAAGCCCAAAUCACCACAUCUGGAGAGAGGCCUCUGCUAAUUCUUCUAGCUCAGCUUUUCUUCCACUUUGGGAAAGAUGUCCAAUUCUCCCAGCAGGCUAGCAUCAGCUUAACACACAGCUGAAACAACACAUUGAGGGAUGCAUCAACAACUGAUGAUUGCAAAGGUUUUUCACACUGGGCAAAAUGGCAUCAAAACUCAACUCCCACUUGUAGACAAUUGAAAAUAUGGAGUAGGAUUUGAAGAUGGCUUUGCACGGAUUUCUCCCCGGUUCCUACAAGCCACAGCAAUCCAGGACGUGGCCCCUAUUCCGUGAAGGCUGCAGGAGUCCUGUUCCUCUGAUGUAUAUGGACCAAUUUCCUUUUAUACUUUAAUCCUUCCAGGUCUCUCAUAAAUUGUGCUCCUGUGAAUUUGUUUUUUCUUCUCCAUUCAUUGUUAAAUCUUAAAGAUUUUUCUCUUUAAGGUGGGGGAUGGCUGGAGAGUGGCACUGAAUUAAAUGUGAGCGAGGAGUCUGUGUUUCACGGAAUGCAAAGACUUAAAUCCAGAUGUUUGUUUGCAUUUCUGAGGUUUGCUUUAAAGGCGUGGGGAGGUAAUUGCAGUGAAAAGUUUAAGGAACUUCUUGGAAUGAAAAGGAAGAAGGAUCUGCAACAGAUCCUGGGGGGGGGGGUUGUUGCUAAAUAUGUAAUUUCAGGACCUCCCUUCUCUUGUUUACCCUUUUAAAAAGCAAAAACCCAGAAUUGCAUAUUGUAUGUGUGUAAACCUGAGUGUCCCAGAGCGGCAUUUCCAUCUUGUGAAUUUCAUUGAAGUUUUAAAACUGCUGUAUUUGGUUGUGUAAUAUACAUACAUAUAUAUAUAAAAUGUUCUGAUGUAUUGGGUGCAGUUGUGUGUGCCCCAUAUCAAGAGUGCGACUUCAUGACCUAUGUGGAAUAUUAUUGUUUUUAACUUAUGUACUGAAAACAUUUCAAGUUCUGCUUACGACAGGAUCAGGGAAAAUAAAAUAAAGCUUAAAUAAGUAAA